UGUAGAAAAUCUUGAUUGAAUCGAAGUUUUUGUUGAUCGGGUGCCGAACUGUUACUUGCAUUGAGUUCUUCCUCAUACCUUUUCUGCUGGGUGUUGUCGAUCAAUAGAGCUCAGGCCUUGUCCGUACGCGCUCUAGACUCGGAACGGUGCCUGAUUAUCCAUAGCAUACAGGUGGCUGGCUUCUCUCUGCACAGAAGCCGGAAAUUUAGUUGCAUUCGCAAGUUAGUUGUGUACACAAUCAUUGUGUAGUUUUAUUUAUACACCAGUGGUGCUGGGUAUUAUUGGAACAAUGCGUGGCCUUAUUCAGCGUGUGAUGUCGGCUAGUGUGGAAGUUGAUGGCGUUGUCGUGAGCUCGAUUGAACGCGGGAUCUGCGUUCUGAUUGGCAUUACGCAGGUGGAUCAUCGUCAGGACCGUGAGUGGAUGGUUCGGAAGCUGCUUAAUCUGCGCUUGUUCGAAGACAAGAGCGGUGCCGGAUGGUGUAAGAGCGUAUCGGAUCUCAACCUCGAGAUUCUCUGCGUCAGCCAGUUCACACUGUAUGGCAUACUGAAGGGGAAUAAACCUGACUUUCACAACGCGCUCACGCACGAGAAGUCCAAAGUGUUCUAUGAACAGUUUGUAAGCGAGCUGCGGAAAGCGUACAAGCCAGAACUUGUGAAAGAUGGUGUGUUUGGUGCCGACAUGCAGGUGCGCAUACAAAACGACGGCCCGGUUACACUGAUGAUUGAGCCCAGCCUUCCACCGCCCAAGGAGCGGAAGCCGCAGGGUCCUCCGAAAAACAAGUCGAAAAAGACCGCAGAUGCCGAGCCACAGGAGGGAGCAGCAGCAGCAGCAGCCUGCGCCACCGCUGAUGUCACAGCAGAAGUGACAGAAGACCUGGCAGCAAGCACACUGGGACCGACGGACGAUGCUGCUGCCGCUACUGCCUCGUCUGCAGAGUAGCUCGUUGCGCGGCAAUCACCGGACGUCAAGCAUUGGAAACAGUUUUAAAGCAUGCCUAUGGCUGAACUAUCAGUGCUGGGAAUGCUCGAUCGAGUACGUCAACCAUAAAGGGCAUGUAGAGGGACCACUGUGUCAUGCUUGGUAUGUGCCGAAUGGUGAGAUGUGAGCCUGGUGCGAGGUGCAUCUAGGCUAAGAAUGCCACAAGUGGAAUCGGGCAUGCCGAUAUCCUCCGGACAUCUCCCCUUGUUGUCCUGUCAGCUCCAGCUUUAAGACUAUGUUGUAACUGUGGGGAGAGAGAGCAGAUACCACCCUUAAACCUAACAGCUGUUUGAGCAUCUUGCCAAGUAGUAAAGUUGUAAUAUUAUAAUACCGAAAUCAGUUAGUCUAGUGUGUGUCCUUUGCAUACAUGCGCUUUUAAAGACGAUGUAACCCGUGCCUGCUGUCUUUAAUACAUGCCUGCUCCUCAAUAAUAUUAUUGAAACCGUGCUGCUCUGUAUUGCGGUCCUUCUGCCCUUUAACUUUAUUUGUAAAUAUUUCUCUUCCCACUUUGG